GGGGCCACGACCGCCUUACAGCAGAGGAGCAGAGUAAGCUUGGCCAGGCAGCGUUUGGACUUGGCGUGGAAGCUGUAGAAGCUGUGUGGAGCUAUGGCUGACCCUCAGAAGACAAGUUACGGCUGGUGCUGCAUGCGAUGGCGAGCUUUGCAGCGCUGGUUGGUGUGACAGACACGUUGAAUGGAGUCACCGAAGAACUUGUUGACAAGAUGGCAAGUGUGGGAGAGUUUGUCACUAUUGGGGAGCGUGGACAGUACGCAUGUGGGAAGGAUUGAAGGAGUGAACUGAUUAUUCUACAUGCUACGGAGGGGAGCUAUACAUAAGGAAAUGUCUACGUUGAUGUUGUGUAGCUGUCAACAUGUAGUCGUGCGACGUAGCAACCAAUCAGUAGUCACACAUCUUGGGCGAUGGCCAGAAGCGCGUGCAGUCAAGGAGUAUGUGUUGCAGGCAUGGAGAGGAAUGCUUGGCGAGGAGCAUCCUGACACCAUCAGGGCAAUCAGCAACCUCGCCAUCACGUUCAGACAACAAGGAUAUCUCGGCGACACAGCUUCAGUGCAGAAGGAGGUGCUGAAGAAGUGGAAGCAGACGUUAGGCGAGGAUCAUUCAGACGUCAUUUCAGCCAUGAUCCACCUUGUAAAUAUGUUUGGAGAACAAUGGCAGCUAGGUGAUCCAGCUGUGAUGCAGAAGGAAGUGUUAGAAGCGCAAACUAAUCUUGGGCGAGGAUCAUCCUGACCAUCUCAGCGAUGGGUAAUCUUGCUAAUACGCUUAGAGAGCAAGGGCAGCUUGGCGACGCAGCUGUGGUGCAGAAGGAAGUGUUAAAAAAGCACAA